CUGUCUUUGUGACGAGGGCCUCGCUCAGGUGUCUCUCUCCCAUGCACCCCGAUGCUGAGGGAGGAGGGUGGCAGUAAAUGUGCUCGGAGCCUCUCACGUUGCAGUGCCUCUCUCUGAGACAGGCGGCGUCAGCCAUCCUGCUAUGGAAAGACACCUCCUCCGCCAUGCAGGUCGGGGCUUUGCGGCGAGAGGGAGAUUGUUGGUCUGGUAGAAAACAGAAGCUGUGGCUUAAGGGCUCCUGCUGGGGAGCCAGUGGGAGGAGGAGCAGCAUUAGCACCAUGGAGGAGGAGGAAGAUGCUGCAGCAGCAGCCUGUGAGGUGACUCAGAUGACAAAACCCAGGACUUUCAGUGUACCAGGAGGACUUACAGAUUUCCUGGGACACCAUCUUAAAAAAAGGGAUGAUCCUGGGAAAACCUGAACAGAGGCCUGGCAUAACUCUACAAAUGUUGGACUGUGUCAGCUGCUUAACAAUAAAGUGACCUUAGAAAGAUGACAACUUUUAUAGAGGAGAAAGAACUCCAGGAGAGACUGAGAGAAGCAGCUGCUUUGGGAGAUAUUGGGGAGGUCCAAAGACUGGUGGAAUUCGGAGUGAAUGUCAACUCUCAAAACGAAGUCAACGGCUGGACUUGUUUGCACUGGGCAUGCAAACGGAACCAUGCUCAAGUGGUUUCUUAUCUGAUAGAGUCUGGCGCUGAUAAGGAGAUUGUCACAAAUAAAGGAGAAAUGCCAGCCCAGUUAACCUCAAAGAAAGAGAUUAGGAAAACAUUGGGAGUGGAAGACGAUGAACUUGCAGAUUUGAAGCAAGACUCAGACUUGCCAAUUGUCCCAAAUUAUUUGGCUAAUCCACCUUUCCCUUAUGUUUAUAACACAAUGAGUAACAGCAUUCCAGACCCUUCCAUUGGCUCGCUGAAUGGAAGCUUCCCCAUAUCCUUAGAAUUGCAAGCUGUAGAUUAUCCCAUUUCAUUACCUGGAGUCAAAGCAUGCACUUCUGCAACGUCUCAACAUGAAAAUGCUGCUUCUCCAGUGGCUGAUAAUAAAGAUAUGUCAACAUCACCUGGAGCCUGCACUAUGCCAGAAUGCCCAAAGCCUGUAGUCCAGAAUGGUCCCAUUCACCAGGCAUCUGUGUCUCAGAGCAGAAGUUUCCCUUCUCCAGCUGCAUCUAAACAGCCUGUAUCUCAGCAACAGAAUGGCUCAUGUAUGGGGCCUAUGCCAACAUUUCAGCCAUUUUUCUUCCCUGGAGCUUUCCCGUUUAAUAUGCAAGAACUGGUGCUUAAGGUGAGAAUUCAGAACCUUACUCUUAGAGAGAAUGACUUCAUUGAAAUUGAACUGGACAGACAAGAACUAACCUAUAAGGAACUGCUCAGAGUGAGUUGCAGUGAACUGGGUGUUAAUCCAGAACAUGUAGAGAAGAUUAGAAAAUUACCAAAUACGGUAUUAAGAAAGGACAAAGAUGUUGCAAGACUUCAGGAUUUCCAAGAACUGGAGCUGGUUCUAAUAAUCAACAACAAUAACUUUCUGUUUAGAAAUGCUGCAUCUACAUUGACUGAAAGGCCUUGUUACAACAAGAAAGCAUCAAAACUGACUUAUUAACUAUUUAAAGCAGCAUAAAACAAAAUAUUUGUAUCUUGUGCUUUAAAGGGAUGGAUUCAGUGUUUAAGCAUUGAACUUAUAAGGGCUAAUAUCCUAAAAAAAUCUAGUUUAUUACUUUUGAGAUAAAGUUGACAUGUCAUGCACAGUUACAGCCUACAGCUCAUCUCAGACUAACUUGCUCUGAUAUGAAACUGUGCUUAUGAAAAGAAAGAAUUCUCAGUCUAUUCAUGUAGCACUCUGUUCCUUACACAACAAUAAUCCCUGUAGAGUUAGAACCUCUCAAGGAAAAGCUUAGAUUGUUCUAAUAAUUGUUAGCUAUAAAAUAGCAGAAGCACUUACGCUAAAUGACAGAACAUAAAACCCUUUUAGUGUUUGUACCAAAUUACUUAAUGCGCACAGACAUCCCACUGUCAUUAAUGGGAGAUACAUGCGUGACGUGACAAGCAAACAUACUCCUUGUUUAGGAGGAAAAUGGAAGGAUUUAAGUCUGUGGAAGAAGCACAAAACUCCAUUUGUCUCAUUUAAGUAUUAAGUUACUAAUUAGAUGUGGUUUCUUAAACCGCAUUUAUAAAUAUUUCUCAGGUUGAAGAUAAAAAAUUAUAGUUGUUACCCAAAUUGCAAAUAUAUCAUUGACCAAAAUAGCUAGGGUUUUUAAAAUCUCAUGGCUAUUUCUCAACACAUGGUAUUGAAAUGUUUGAUAACAAAAGGUCCUCUCCCUCUCUCUUUUGUUGCUUUAUGAUCAAGAAGUUUCUCUAAUGCUCCUUUAAAAUGGCAGUUAUUUUUCACUCCAUAGACAAGUCAGUGUGAUUUCCACAUGAGAAAGGAGCAAAAUAUUGCAGUUCCGUUUUCCUCCAACUCAUCCUUUCAUGAACAAGAUCUAUCCUUGAAACCGUAAAUUUAUUAUGUAAAAAAGAAACUAAUCAGAUGCUUAGCAUUUUGAAAACUGGGAUGCCAUUUGAAUCUUGGGAUUUCUAGGCAUUUUAUUUCUUUUUCAAAGACAACUAUUUUUUUUGUUUCUUGUUGCACGGUCACCUUUUCACAUUCUUGCUAACUUAAAUUCAGUGUUAUGCUCCUCUGCUAUGAAAUCCUGGAAUAAAUACAUUGGAAAACAUUAAAGUUUAGUAAUCUGUUAAGGACUUUUUUAUCCAGUUUAUUCACUUUUUUUUUUAAAUUUACAAAACCAUCCUCUUUAGAAGAAAGGAUUUAAUCUGUUAACCUAGCUAUAGAAGUAUGUACUGUACUGAGAAUUGGAUGGAUGAAUGCUCUAGAUAACAGGGAGAACAUAGUUGACUGUUGA